AUCAAUAUCAAAAUCACCCAAUAAUUAUACUUCGGCAAUUUACAAAUUUCAAACUCAUAUUAUUUGCUCCUCUCAAAAACCCCAAAUUUCAUCUAAACUGUAACCUCUAUAUCCAGCUUCAAAUUGUGUGUGAUUUUGGUAAAUGGCUAAUAAUCAAGAUGAGGGAGAUUUAGUAAGUCAACUGGUUGAUUUGGUCAAAGAAAUAUCAGAGUUAUCUGAAUGCAGAAAUGCUUCAAGAAAGAUGUACGGAAAUUUGAUGAGAAGGGUGAAGCUUUUGAGUCCAUUAUUUGAGGAACUUAAAGAUAAUAGUCAACAAAAACUUGAAGAUGGUGAUGUUAAAGGAUUACUAGCUUUAAGGAUUGCUUUGAAUUUGGCUUUGGAACUCCUUAAAUCGGUCAAUCAUGGCAGCAAGAUUUUUCAGGCGCUUCAAAUUGAGAAAAGUGCAAGCAGGUUUCACGAAGUAACAACACAGAUUGAAGAAGCGUUGAGUCAAAUUCAUUAUGAGAGACUCGAUUUAACUGAGGAAGUUCGUGAACAGAUUGAACUUGUGCAGGUGCAAUUUAAAAGAGCGAAAGGACGAAUGGAUUCUCCUGAUUUGCAGCUUCAAAAAGAUUUAGGCAUUGUCGAUAAGGGAAAUGAGCCUGAUCUUGAAGCAGUCAAAAGACUAUCUGAAAAGAUGUAUCUUACAACGGUUAAUGAUCUAAAGAGGGAAUCAAUGGCAAUUCAUGAUAUGGUCAUAUCAACUGGUGGCCAUCCUGAAGAUCGCUUUGAGUUAAUGUCUUCUCUUCUCAAGAAAAUUAAAGAUUGUGUGAUGCUGGGAAAUCCCGAAGUUGAUAUUGGGGAGGGAGAAAAGAGUGUUAUGAGGCAUCGUUCUCCUGUUAUUCCAGAUGACUUUCGUUGCCCCAUAUCUCUUGAAUUAAUGAAAGAUCCCGUGAUUGUGUCAACUGGGCAGACGUAUGAGAGGUCCUCUAUUCAAAAAUGGCUCGACGCUGGACACAAGACAUGCCCAAAAACUCAACAAACAUUGCUACACACGGCGUUGACUCCAAACUAUGUCUUAAAGAGUCUUAUUGCUUUAUGGUGCGAUAGUAAUGGGGUUGAGCUGCCCAAAUCUAACAAUAAACCAGGACGCAGCGGUUCAGAGUGUGAUCGAACCGUGAUCGGGUCAUUACUUCAAAAACUUGUCAUCGGGGACUCAGACGAACAAAGAUCAGCCGCUGGAGAGCUUAGGUUAUUAGCCAAAAGAAACGCUGAUAACAGAGUAUGUAUAGCUGAGGCUGGCGCUAUUCCACUUUUGGUAGAACUACUAUCAUCUCGUGACGGUAGGACUCAAGAACACGCGGUCACCGCCCUUUUGAACUUGUCAAUAAAUGAGGCUAACAAAGGCAUUAUUGUGAGUGUUGGAGCAAUACCCGAAAUUGUAGAUGUUUUGAAAAAUGGGAGUACAGAAGCUCGAGAAAACGCAGCUGCCACCCUUUUUAGCUUGUCUGUGCUGGAUGAAAACAAAGUUGCUAUUGGUGCCGCUGGUGCAAUACCACCGCUUAUCGAUUUGCUUCAAGAAGGGACACCUCGAGGAAAAAAAGAUGCCGCAACUGCCAUUUUUAACCUCUGUAUCUAUCAAGGAAACAAGGUUCGGGCAGUUCGGGGAGGGAUCGUGACACCUUUAAUGAAAUUGUUGAGAGAUGCCAGCGGUGGGAUGAUGGAUGAGGCAUUGGCGAUUUUAGCUAUACUUGCGAGCCACCAUGAAGGGAAGAUGGCUAUUGCUGAAGCUGAGCCAAUGCCGGUUUUGGUGGAAGUAAUACGGACCGGAUCAGCCAGAAACCGGGAGAACGGGUCAGCGGUUUUGUGGUCAUUGUGUGCAGGUGAUGUUCGGUCGUUGAAAAUAAUGAAGGAGCUUGGAGCAGAAGAGGUGUUGAAGGAGUUGUCUGAAAAUGGAACAGAUAGAGCUAAGAGAAAGGCGGGAAGCGUAUUGGAACUUCUGCAACGAAUUGAUACGGUUGAAACCCUGGUCAGUUCUUGACAUAUCCGUGCAUUGUGCUUGUAAAAUUUAAUGAACAUAAUUAUACGUCAAGAUAAGUGAGAGAAAGGUGAUUUUUGUUAAUGUACAAAAGGUAUAAUAUAGGAAAAGGCGUACUCUGCAUAAUUUAUGAUAUGUUAAAGGGCGAGGUUUGUACUCGCCCUAACCAUCUGUUGAGAACAUUUUAAGUUUCCGAAGUGUAUGGUUGUUGAUUAAUUAAGACGUUUUCUGCUUGUGUUA